UGUCAUCAUUACCAAGGUGUUCUCUAGGUGUUUUGAUCGCAUUUGUGAGGAUUUCAAAUUUAAAAAACCAUAGAUUGAAAUUAAUAUUUUUUUUUUAUAAAUUCUCGCUUGCCUUUUGGGAAAGUUAUCAAAUGAAACUUCCUUGACUAGAACUAGUUGUUUUUUAAAGUGUAAACUUUUCACGAUGGUAAAUAAGCGAGAGACUGAACUCCCUGUGCUUGGAUCUAGAUGAAAUAACCUGACCCGUACCCGUUUUCGUUUCUGUUUUGAUUCUCGGUGGCCCCCGCAACAAUGACCAUGGACAUUCACCAGCACAGCCUCCGAGUGGACACGACAGUGGCUGGGCACAAAGGCCUCGACCAGUUCCACCAGACGAUGUCCCCCAAGUCCUCGCCCCGCUCCCCCGCCUCGGCCUCCCCCAAAACCUAUCCUCCCACUACCCCCUCGCCGUACCACCUGGAGAAACCCCGCGCAAAACGCAGCUUUGACGUCGCCUUCCUUAUCCAACCGGACGAUUUAUCCAAAAAGCGACAGCAGAAAUCAAAACCGGUUCCGACGCAACCCUUGAGCCACCCCGUACAGGAAAUGCCAAAAAUCAAUGGGUUUCCGGAUGCGCACCUAUCGAAUUUGCUCCUUCAGAACGGGUACCUUUACGAACCACGGCAUACGUUGCAGGGCCUACCCCUGAAACAACUAGAAGACCACCCGCCGUACAACCUGGUGAUGGAGAAAAGCCCGUUCAACCUGGACUCGCUGAGCGUGAUCGGCUCAAAGAGCGCGUUCACGAAGGUGGCCCAGCCGGACAGGCGCCAAGUCCAGGAGAAAGUCGAAGAGAAGAUGUUCACCCCCUCGCCGUCCCCCUCGGUGUCCUCGCAGCUCUCGGGGGUCUCGGGGGGCGGAGGGGCCUCUCCCGAUCCCAGCUACCAGGACUCCCUCAGCCCCCCGAGUCUCCGCUCACCUGAACCCUUCGUUCGUCACCCCGCCAUGACACCUUACGAGAUCCCGAGGGAAAAGGUCGUCGGGAAGAUGUUCCCGGAGGAGAAGCAGGCGUUUCCGUCGGGGGUUCCGAAGGGGGCGUUCCCUAGCGAGUUCCCGUACCCGGGUCUGUCGGUGCCCAACUACCCGUUCCCGCAAAUGACGGCGUUCCCGCGGCAAGCGGUGCCGAUGCCCCUUCUGGCGGCCGCCACGGUGUUGCCCUCCUCGCUGGCCGCCCUCACCCUCCCGGCCCAAAACGUCUGCGCCAAGUGUAAGGUCAGCUUCCGCAUGACCUCUGACCUCGUCUACCACAUGCGCUCACACCACAAGCGGGAGACCACGGCCAAUGACACGCUACGUAAACGCCGAGAGGAGAAGCUCAAGUGUCCGGUCUGCAACGAGUCGUUCCGGGAGCGGCACCACCUGACGCGGCACAUGACGGCGCACCAGGACAAGGAGAGCGACCGGGAGGACCUCGAGGAUGCCGAGAUCUCGGAGAUCACGGCCCGGGCCUCCGCCUCGGCCUCGGCCACGGGCAAGAAGCAGGAGAAGGCGCCGCCAUCCAAGUGACCCUCGGCCACGGCCGCCAAGAAGAGCAAGCGCCCCGGCGCAUCGCCCACCCACCCGCCCACGCACCCGCCAACGGCCGUCUUCCAGGAGUGCGUCGAUCUCCGCCGAGGCCCCGUCUUCUUCGUCGAUCCUUGAGAGCAUUCCCUAUGACCCACCGAUGGAGCCCAAUGCGCUCUGGUGCAUUCCGAGACAGGAUUCAGAUAAACGAUUCUCGUGAGCUAUCACAUGAAGUUGGGAUCAAGUCAGUCUUUAAAAGUCCAAAUACCAAGCUUCAAAUAAAAAAACCGACUCCUGGGAACCUGAAAACUGCCGUCUUCGGAUUAAUACCAAAACUUGGUGCCAGCGUAGCAUAAAGUCUAGUCAAUUGCAAUUGGACGCCGUCCUAAAAAAAAUCACGUAAAUGAGUGAAUUAUUUGAAUUUGUAAAUUUUUAUAGUUAUGCAAUAUGAUAGUAUGUAAAAAUUACCUCUGUUACCUCUUGAAAAUUUUAACGCUGAUUAGUUUUAAUCUUCUCAGUUGUUAAUGUAAAUUAUGUAAAUUAUGAAGACUUGUUCGUUUUUAAGCCAAACGAAUAGGCAAAUCGUGCAAUAUCAGUAAUUUUAAGGUUUCUACUUGUGUAAAAUGUACUCUGAAAUACUUUUAAAAGUCAAGAACACUUUUGAAAAGUGA